CGGCGCAGCCAGGGAGCGCAGACGCUGGACGGUCCAUCGGGGGGGGCAUUAAGCGCAUAGGGUCAUCGACCACAAAUCCAACAUUGUUAGGCCCAACGCACAUGACGUUGGAGACGCGCACACAGAUGAGCCUUGACCACAUCUGAUGGGGAUGCGUGACAUCAUGCGUCCACCACCCUCACGCUCCCCUGCCGCUGACCCCGUCGCCCAUGGGCAGGCCUCGCAGAGCGCAUUGCUGACGAGGUCUUUCUACGACGGUGCGGCCAUGGACUGGAGGGCGGGCGAUAUCGGACAUGCAUCAGCAUGUGGACCGGCAGAUGCGCCCGCGGGGGUGCGAUUGAUCGGCAACGUCGAUGGUACUUGUCACAAUUCCAUGAGAGCUUACGAGGAGCAGCAUAGGAGGCCUAUACGGGCCAAGACGACCGAUGUCCAUGAUACCAGGACGGCUACUGCGAGCCUAUCACGGGCGAGGAAGAAGGGAACAGGUGCGUCGAUUCCGUAUCACCAGCGCCGUCCGCAUCCUUUUUUCCGCAACAGUGACGAGACCAGACAGAUGCCAGCUGCUGCAGAUGGAAGGGGCGGGGUGGACAGAGGUGAUAGAGGGGACGAAUCAGGGCGAGGUGAGAAGAGACGAGGCGGCACGAUCAUCAUCCACAAGGACAGCUCCACAGCCGCUGAGGGUGGUGAGACCACAGGCGCCGACGAUCCUGAUGACUCCGAUUACGUCUCGAGGAUCCGGACGGCGGACGGAGAUGACGGCGGAGGUCGUCGCGUGAGGAUGAGGACUGGACUUGGCCCGGAAGGUCAUUGCACCCCAUCGACACAUUUGCCGGCUAUUGAUUGACGGGCGCGAGCUCGUUCUCUGUUGAGCAGAAUGGAGGCGCAAAGAGAGAGAGAGAGAGAGAGAGAGAGAGAGAUUGGUUUUCACAACUUUUCGGG